AUGUUUUUCUCCGAUUCGACGACCCUGCUGAGGUCGAUGAAGGAGGAGGGGCGGAGGGGAGCAUGGGGUCUCCCUGACGCUAAUCCUGCCAGCUCCCAACUCGCCCGCGCCCAUUUCGAGAAACAUCCACCAAACAACUUGAGAAAAAGCAACUUUUUCCACUUUGUCAUCGCGCUCUACGAUCGGGCCAACCAACCCGUGGAGAUCGAGAGGACUACGUUCGCCGGCUUCGUGGAAAAUGAGAAGGAGGUCGAUGGGCAGCACACAAAAAACGGCAUCCACUACAAGCUGUAUUUGGCUUAUCAGAAUGGAAUCCGCUGCGAACAAGACCUUUUCGUCCGGCUUAUCGACAGCAACAGCAAGCAGGCGAUUGCCUACGAGGGCCAGGACAAAAAUCCGGAAAUGUGUCGAGUCCUUCUGACCCACGAGGUGAUGUGCAGUCGGUGUUGCGAGAAGAAGAGCUGUGGAAAUCGGAAUGAGACGCCUAGCGAUCCGGUUAUUAUUGAUAGAUACUUUCUGAAGUUCUUCCUGAAAUGCAACCAGAACUGCUUGAAGAACGCGGGGAAUCCACGGGAUAUGAGGAGAUUUCAGGUGGUGCUCGGGACGACGCCUCGAGUAGAUGGCCCAAUGUUGGCGGUAUCGGAGAAUAUGUUCGUUCAUAACAACUCGAAACAUGGUCGCCGAGUGAAGCGGAAUGAUGCUAGUGAUGGUGACGAUGCCGGAGAAGAAGCUGAAUUCUCCGAAAUUGCGGACAUGUCGAUGGGAGCGGCGUCGCCGGUGAUCAAAGCCAUCGUUCCGGCGGAGGGAUGGGUCCAAGGCGGGACGCAGGUCGUCCUCAUCGGCGAGAACUUCUUCGACGGGCUGCAAGUGGCGUUUGGGAGCACGACGGUGUGGAGUGAUGCUGUUCAAGUAAUAACCGCGACGGCAAUACGUGUCACGACUCCGCCAAGGCAUAACGCUGGUGUCGUGGAUGUCUCCCUACAGUACAAGAGCAAGACGGUAUCCCGAGGAUCGACCGUCCGGUUUUCAUAUGUUUCCCUAACCGAGCCAUCGAUCGACUUUGGCUUCCAACGACUCCAAAAACUACUCCCAAAAUAUCCUGGAGACCCGGAACGACUACCCAAGGACCUGAUCCUCAAGCGAGCAGCCGAAUUGGCAGAAGCAUUGUAUAAUAGAACCCCAGCCGCUGACCAACUGUACUCUGCCUACGCGACGUUUGACAACGGUUACGGUGCGGCACCGCACACCUUAUCUACCGUAUACCCAAACACAUACCAGACGACGGUCAGCGCCAGCCCGGCGGCGAAUUUUUUGAGCACGCAAACAGGCUUCACCCCGUUCGGCACCGUAAAUCCGUUUGCCGCCUCGCUCCAAUCGACGACGCGAUUAACA